AUGAGCAUCACUUCACUAACCCCCGUCAUUGUAGUAGGUGCCAGUCUUGUCGCCCUUUCAACCGCUCUCUGCCUAUCUAAACACAACAUUCCAACCAUUGUGCUGGAGCGCCACGCCGAUAUCUCCAAACACCCACGCGCAAUCGGAUUUACAUCCCGGACUCUUGAAAUAUACAAAAACCUAGGUAUCGCCCAUCAUAUGCCCGAAAUCCCCAAGGGAUUUCACCUGCUGCGCGCCCGGGUCGAGAGUCUCACUGGAAAAUGGUACGAGAGUACAUCCUGGUCAGACCCGAAGCCCAGCGAGAAGGAACCAUCCAAUCCUGAGGAGAAGAAAGAAUUUUCGGCCUUUCCUGGUUCUGCAAUACCCCAGGACAAGCUCGAAGCUAUCCUUCAGACGGCUGCCCUCACUCGCGGAGUGGAUAUUCGUCGUCAACACACCCUGCAAGAUGUCUGCGAAGACGAAAACGGUAUUACGGCUAUAGUGAUCAAUACGAAAGGUGAAACAGUCGAGAUUCGCGGAUCAUACCUCAUCGCAGCAGACGGGAACAGAAGUCUUGUCCGUGAGAAACUGGGUAUCGCGCGUUCUGGACGCGGACACAUGCAGACAAUGCGUAGCGUGCUUUUCCGUGCUCUGACACCGCUUGAAGAUUUCAUGAAGGGUGUGUCCCAGUUUAACAUCGAUCAGCCCGGUCUACAGGCAUUUAUGACAACCUACAUGGAUGGUCGGUGGGUUCUUAUGUUCCACGACGCACGACGACAUUGA